CCUAGUUUAGAUAUUUCUGUUCCCUAACCUCGUUUCCUAACGCUGACCAUGCCCCGCACGCUACAUGAGGCGUGGUAGCUGCAUUUUGCCACCAGUGUAGUCGAUUAACCCGGACUUGGACAAAAUAGAGACCCUCCCCCCGCAAGCUUUUGUGGGCGCGGUUGGGAUCCGGUGCCCCUGGCGCAUACAGAGCAUGUGAGCUUCUCAAGCUCGCGCCAGCGAGACUGGAAACGGCAGCUGCGGCCCGCGUGCCCUGCAGCUCCCUACAGAGAAAGACGGCGCCUGACUCGGCGCCUUUUCCACAGCCAGGGCCCUCCCCGCGCCUGCGCAGCACCCGCGGCCGUGACCCUGCGCGAGGGGUGCGCCGCACCUUGCUGCGUGGCGAGAGCGUGCGGGGUAGAGCGCGAGGCGGCGGGUGGUGGCAGGGCCUGGUGUUGACAAAGGCGCUGGCUGGCUGAGUGAAUGGGGUGGCAGGGCGCGGCGGGGAUACCUCUGGAAACAGCAGGGAAGGGUGAGCAGAGCGGGGCUGAGAGGGCCGGAGCAGCAGCCGCCCGGCGUAGGUGGUGGCUGUGACGGGCGGGUGGAGGCCGUGGAAGGUUUUGCCUGGAUCUGCAAGGGACUCCGAACAAGCCCAGGCCAACCUAGCUGCAAUUGUUCCUCCCCGUUGGCCCUAGCUCGAGGGAAAGAUUGGUCGCAUGGUGGCCUGUUGAUCUGCCUGUAGUCCCCACACCCCACCAGUAGAGGAAGGCAGCUUUCUGUCAGAAUCCUGCUUCUCUGCUGCUGGUGCCACCCUGCAAAGGCGCAUUGGGAGCUGGUUUUAGGAGGCUACUCAGGCUGCCUCUGAGACAGUUUCCUCGCCAUUGGGCCUACUCCCCCCCCCCCCUCCUCAGUACUGAGGCUGGUCAGAUUGGUGUGUGGUAUAGUUGGGGGACUGGGUACACUUUCUGCUAGAGGCAGCCCUGCACUCUCCCUGCCUGCAGAAUGCCACAGCUAAGAUCUCGGAAGGUAGAGUUAAGUAGGGAGAUACUAACUACUCCCAUGGGGCCCUCUCCACAACCUGUGGAUGUAGGGAUGGGAGCCCCCUCUGGGGACUACUCUGUGGUCAAGAGAAACCCUCAGCGGGAGGCAAAGAGAAAAGCAAUGCAUUCCUUAUCCUGCUCGUCAUCACCUAACCUGUUCUCCAGGGUCCCAUAUGAGCAGCUCAUGCUCCCGGCAGUAGUACCCGUGGGGUUGGAGGAGCAAGAUGGGACUAAUAUGAGGCUUCUAGGGAAAAGAAAGGAAGGAAGACGAGGCCGUAGGGGAAGAGGUGGUGCUGCUGCUGGAAGCAAAAGAGAAGAAGCUUUACAGGUCUCAGACCAAGCUGCAGUUAAAAUCUGGGAGAAGAUGAUGUUUCCAGUAGCCCCAGUAGGGAGAUAUUGGGAAAAGGCUAUCGGUAGAAUGAAAGGACAGGAAUUGCAGCAGUCUUUCUCUGGAACUAGAUUGGAGGGAAAAUUGGCAACAGAGAUUGAGGGAAAACUAACAAGUAGCUCCUUAGCAUAUUUGGGGUCCCAAGAAGGAUUAGGGAGCCCAGGGGAAAAGAGCAGACAUUCCUUAAUGGAACUGAAACUACAGAUUCCAUGUCCCAAGGAAGAACUGAUGAUCCCAGAGAGGAGUAGCAGAUGCACCCUGACGGAUCCAGAAGUGCUGGGACCUGGGAAAGAUGCAGGGAACCCAGAGGAAAAGGCAAAGAAAAAGAUAAUAGAAGUUAAGGAAGACUCAGAUGCACAGGAUGGAAAGCAGCUAGAGACUGAUCUAAGUAUAUCAAAAGAUUGUCACAAAAAGAAACCACUAGUAGCUUACUCUGAGUCUCUUCGGGUAGCUAAGUCAGAUGGGACUCAGAGCAAGGUAACAGUAUGCCAGAGUUUAACAAGGGGAUCUGCAGUACAAUGUAACAAAAGAAGAAAUAGAAUCACCAAGAUCAGGCGUUUACAGGAUUUGAAUAUAAAAGUCACUGAAAAUGAAGCAACAAAGAACGUAGAGUAUAAAGAUGAAAAAUGCAGAGAAAUACCAAAUUAUCAUAAUUGCUUGCCAUCCACAGUAGAAAAGAAUCCAGUUGUGAAAUUAUAUAACUGUUGUUACCUGAAUACAUUUGUAAAAUCUUCAGUUGAUGCAACCACCAGCAGUUACAAAAUUGGUGGUGGAUUCUUGCAUGUAGCUCAGGGUGAGAGAGAGACUUUUUGUCCUAACAGUGUUAUGGGACAGAGUGAUAUGAACAGCAAGCUUAAUGUAAUGCAAAUUGAGAAAUUGCCCACACAGGAAAGUAUAUCAUUUGACAAAGAAGGAAUAUGCCAAAAUAGAAGAAGCUGUCAAAAUGAGAACAGUAAAUGCCCGAGGGAAAGAAAGUGGAGUAUUGAUAGAAAGCCCAGGAAAAGGAUGAAACUUUCUGAAAAAUCAAUCCGGAAUGUGUUCCCAGUUAUAGACAACAAACAUUGUGAAUAUGAGUUACGUACGGAAGAUAAAACUGCCAAAACAGACACUUUAGCAGUUGUAGAGUUCAGUAGCAAUGAAACUACUUCUUUAUUUGAUCAAAAAUCAAAUUCCCAUCUAGAACAAAAUUCUCAAGCACAAAAUGGUUGUAUUGCCUCAGAUAAUAGAAAACUGUACUUGAAACCUGGUUCAAGAGUAAAUAGUUUUGAGAAGAGACUUGAGCUAUUGGAUUUAGCAAAAGGAGAAAGGGAUGUUUUUGAUUCAGAAAGCAUAGAACAAGAAGACUGCUCUAAUACCUCAAAUAGUCCAGAAUUGGUUACUGUGGUCAAUGACAACAUUUCUGAUUAUUGCAAUGAUGCCAGCUGCCAAAAGAGAGAGAGAAUAGUGUCAGAUGAAAAAUUGAUGAGUAAUGUUGAUAAAUUACAGUUAUGCAGCUGUCAAAGAAUAGUACCAAUGUCUGGUAAAAACGUUUGGCCUCGUGAAUCAUGUGCUAGGACUUCUGAAUGGUUUAAUAAACAUCAUGUGUCUAUCUUGGAAGGAAAAACUUCAACUUCUGAUUCUCAGGAAUGCUCAUCUCAAAACAAUACUGAAGCUGUAAGAGAUAUGGUUUUAACUGAUAACUCUAGGCAGUUAGAUCUGUGUAUCUCAGAUGCAGAAAGUAUAAACAAAUCUUCAUGUAAAACAAUGGAUUCUAACAUUGAAUGUCAGACUUCUGUUAGAACACCGGAGUCCUCUUUAUUGGAUAUUUACGGGACUUUGAGAGUCACCUGUAAUGAAAAUCUAAAGUCAUUAGUGGAUACUAGUCCUAUGGCUUCCAACUCUGAAAGUUUCCAGAAAGCUCAGGUGACCUUAAAUUUGGAAGUAAAACAAAAACGAGAUGAUAAAAACAAAGGAGGUUUAACCAAAAAAAAUCUGAUGAUGGCUCUCCAGGAUGGUAUAUCUAAAGAUGACAGUGCAAGUAAAAUGAUUGUAAAUCAUAAGACAUCAAUGAAAAAAACAGGUGCAGUUCCAAACUUAAUUAAAAUGUUAAACACAGGAAAUCUGUCAAAUUUCAAAAUUCCUUUACGCAAAAAUAAAACUGAAUCAAGGAAAGUGGAAUCUGCUAGACCAUUAGAUAAAGAAACAUACAGUCCUCUGGAACGCCUUCACAAUUCUGCUGCUGCUUCAGCAAGUCAGAGCAGAGUCAAGGAUAAUUCCUCUAUGGUAGUUUCAGAGCAGCAGUCUGUCUCUGAAGAGACUGGUAUCUCUUUAAACCCCUUAAUGGAAAAUAUUGACCAAAUGAGAAAUAAAGACUUUGGCAGUUGUCGUUCUGAAAGUCUUUCAAAUGAAAUAAAUAUACUUUCUGGAGGUGUUUCUAUACAUCAGUGUGCUUUCCUUGAGGGAAAAUUGGAAUCCUCUGUUCUUAAGGACAUUACUGACUCAUCUGGUACUGCGCAUGAAGAGAAAAGCUUCACACAAGAUUAUUCUAGUGAAACAGUUGACCAUUCUGUUUCAUCAGAAAUGCAUGAUGAUGAUGAUAAUAAAAAGAACUCAAAACUGAGUCAUGCACAGAAUAUAAUCAAAAACUUUCCAGAUGUUCUUAAGGCUUAUGAAGAUGAUAUUCUUGUGAUUGAUGUAAUUCAGGAUGACCCUGACCUUUUUGGAACCACUGAUGAAGGGGAGCUUGCAUUCACUAUGAACCAUGCAACUAAAAAGCACUGCAAUAUUAGUACUACCUCAGAGGAAAAACAGGAUGUUAAGCCAAAAUGUCUUGUCCUUCCAGAAACUAAGGAUUCAAGAGAUUACUUUAGAGAAAAUCCUAACCAAAAAUCUGGAAUAUUGAAAUCUGUCAGAGAUUCAUAUGAUGCCCUGCUAAUAGCUAAUGAAAUUCAAAAACAUUCCUCGAGUGGAAGCUGUCCUUUAGAAGGUAUAACUGAGGAGUCUGUGGAGGAUGGGCAGCUGACUGAAUCGGAUGAACUCAUAAAGGAUUGUCACGUAAAUGAGAAGUACAGAUUUUCAGGCAAGUUGGCCGCUAUAAAAGAAGAAAAAAUAAAUAUUCAUGAAGCUGAAAAAAGCAAUAAUUCUAAAUAUCUAGAAUUUAUGAGCAGCGAACUUCAAUUGGGACUGCAACUGCCUUCUCUGCAAAUAAAUGCCUACCAGGAAGACACAGCACUGAAACCCUGGAUCAAUGGGUCUCCCUUUCUUUCUCCACUCAAGAUCAUCUCAUCUGAAGAAGUGGGUUUUGCACACACAAACUCAUAUUUUAGAUACUCAGGAAAAACCCCUAAUCUGCCAUUGCCUAAUUCGGACAGUUAUGAGCCAUGGAAAAUGGACAAAAAUGUAAUGGUUUCGCAUCCGAUCCAGCAGAACCUUGGCAUGGUUGAGUUGCCCCGUAAAUAUUGCAGAUUGUAUUUCAAUACACUGCGUGGCUGUGAGAGAAUGGAAUGUUGGUUUUGGCAUGUUCCUGAACAAGGAGAUGAAAAGAUUUGCAUGGCCAUACUUAAGACGUAUAUAAAUAUCAAUGAACCAAGUUUGCUACAACGUGCAGUCCAGAUAUUUAUCAGUUACUACAGAGAAGUUACUCCUGGUGUGCAUUUUGAUUCACAAGUACUGAAUGAUCUUCUCAUUUCUUUGCUCAAGUGUUAUUUGUUGAAAGAAGUAUUUCUGUUGUUAAAUGUUGCUGUAAUGAUUAAAAUGCUGCCAGCUGUUGAUAUAUUUCUGAAGGUGUUUGAGCAUGUAGCUGCCAUGAAUAUAAGAGAUGCUGUGCCUACAUUAAUAGAUAUCUUUUGUAAGGUUUUUGAUGCUGGGAUGGUUCUUGAGCUUGAACAUUUUAACCGUAUUAUUAAAUUCCUUCACCAACUGCAAGUUUCCAGUCAAGAAAUGAAUGUUAUUUUGAACAUAAAAUCAAGAUUUCAGGCAAGACAGUUUAAAAAGAACUGGCUUUGUGACUUAAAUUUGGCACUAGCUGAAAUUCAGCACUGUAAAGAAAAAAGUGACUGGGCCAAAUUGGGAACUUUGUAUGUUAAUAUGAGACUAGGAUGUGAAAAUUUUGGUGACCUUCAGAAAUUGACGUUACGUAUUGCUGACAUACUAACAAGAGACUCCAAGGAAGAGAGACCAGGAGUUCCUUUUUGUGAAUUUGCUGAAGCAGUUAUCAAAAAUCCACAACAUAAUGAAGCAGACAAAGAUUUCCUUGGAAGGAUUGGGAUCAGUAUAAUCUAUUCUUAUCACACAAUACAGCAAUGGUCAAAGGGCAGGAAAGUUUUGGAUAAACUACAUGAACUGCAGGUUCAUUUCACAAACUUGAAAGGACUCAUUGGUCCAGAAAGGUUAGCAUCAAAAUGCCAAAUUGUUAAUGCUGCUGCAGAAAUCUUUCUUAAAAGUGGAAGUCUGGAUGGAGCAACAUGGGUAUUGAGAGAGUCCGAAUGGAUUAUAAAUACACCAUUGUGGCCCUGUGAUAGAAUGGAUGUCCUUAAUCGACACAAUCUUCUGUGUUCAAUUGCAUGUGAAUAUUUGACCAAGAAUCUUUGUAAACAAGCAUUUGAAGUUUUGCAGAAUCUACCCGGUUUCCAAAAUUGUUGUGAUUCUCUAGAUGUCUCCCAGUACAGCCUUCUUUUUAACAAACUUCUAGAUGCCUGUAUUGAGAACAAGAACUUUGGUGUAUCUUCUUCUGUAACAGACUUUAUGCUGUCAAAAAACAUUCCUAUUGAUUUUACUUUAAUUAGAGGAUUAAUUACAGCAUUGGGAAGGAGCUCUUUGUGGCUUAAAGCCAGGACCUAUUACAAAAGUGCUUUAUCAUUGGGUUGCUACCCACCACUAAAGGGAAAUUUAUACCGGAAACUGUUACUGAUUCCUUCUUAUAUGUCUGAGAUUGAGAUGUUGCUGGCCAUUGAAAUAUUCCUAGUUUCAAAUGCUAGUAAUAUUCAAAGUCCGGGUGCCACCAGCCAGACACUUCAGAUAGUACUGAAAAGAUCUGAAGAACAAAAAGCACAGAGUAAAGAAGACUAUCAAGCAGCAGUUGAAAGACUGAUUCAAGCUGCUCAUAUAUCUAAUCCAAAGCUUUCUCUUAAGCACAUGACAAUGAAUGUUAAUAUGGAACAAGUUUACAGUUUGGAACAUAAUUCUGCUCUAAAAUGGUUGAAGGAGAAUAUGAAAUGGGCUGGAAAGGUCUGGCUUUUCAGUAAGCCAUUAGUUGGUAAAGACUUUUUUUUGAAUACUGGUAGUUACAAUAAUCAUUGUUGAAAAUAAUAAAAAUCAAU